ACUGUCACAGUCAAGAUGUCGGACAAAUACGAACACCAGAAGGAUGAGGAGUUCAGGGAUGGGGAACCCAGAGAUGGGGAAACAAGGGACAGGGAUGAAGACUGGGGUUCAGGUGGUAACAGUGGUGGAGGAAACAGUGAGCCAAAGGAUUAUGAUGGCCCAGCUGGCAUGGAUGUGGAUGGUGUCAUUGAAUCCAGCUGGACUGAGGUAGCAACAAGUUUUGAUGACAUGAAUCUAGGAGAAAGUUUAUUAAGAGGUAUCUAUGCCUAUGGUUUUGAGAAACCCUCUGCUAUCCAGCAGCGUGCCAUCUUGCCUUGCAUUAAGGGACAUGAUGCCAUUGCCCAAGCUCAAUCUGGUACUGGUAAAACUGCUACAUUUUCCAUCUCUAUCCUUCAAAGAAUUGAUGUAAAGUCCAAUGAGACUCAAGCCCUUAUCUUGGCACCUACCAGAGAAUUGGCUCAGCAGAUUCAAAAGGUGGUACUUGCUUUGGGCGAUUACAUGAAUGUGACAUGCCACGCGUGCAUUGGUGGUACUAACCUUCGUGAAGACAUGCGUCGCUUGGAGAUGGGUGUUCAAAUCAUUGUGGGCACACCUGGUCGUGUAUAUGAUAUGAUAAACCGCAGAGUUCUAAAUCCCAAGAAUAUAAAGAUGUUCGUUUUAGAUGAGGCUGAUGAAAUGUUGUCCCGUGGUUUCAAGGAUCAGAUCUAUGAUGUCUUCCGCUUCCUUCCUAAUGACGUUCAAGUGGUUCUUCUGUCUGCCACCAUGCCUGCUGAUGUAAUGGAUGUAACAACUAAAUUUAUGAGAGACCCUAUCACCAUCUUGGUUAAGAAAGAAGAGCUUACAUUAGAAGGUAUUAAGCAGUUUUAUGUAAAUGUAGAAAAGGAAGACUGGAAGCUGGAGACACUCUGUGAUCUGUAUGAAACCUUAACCAUCACCCAGGCUGUCAUCUUCUGCAACACUCGUAGGAAGGUGGACUGGCUUACAGACAAGAUGCACCAGAGAGAUUUCACAGUAUCUGCCAUGCAUGGUGACAUGGACCAAAAGGAGCGCGAUGUGAUUAUGCGUGAGUUCCGUUCUGGUUCAUCUCGUGUCCUUAUUACUACUGACCUGUUGGCCCGAGGUAUUGAUGUCCAGCAGGUGUCCUUGGUUAUCAACUAUGAUUUGCCAACCAACAGGGAGAACUAUAUCCACAGGAUUGGCCGAGGUGGACGUUUUGGCCGAAAAGGCGUGGCCAUUAAUUUUGUGACUACUGAAGAUACCAGAAUUCUCCAAGACAUUGAAGAGCACUACCGUACCUCUAUUGAAGAGAUGCCAAUGAAUGUAGCUGAUUUGAUUUAAUCUAGGUGAGACUAUAGCGACAAUAAAGCCUCGGUUGUUGUUGCUCUGACCCACUGUCUUAUUCGCCAAUUGAUUGUGCACGCUGUCCGCCCCAUUCGAGAGCUGACAUCGUGAUCUACCCUGAGAGCUUGGACGCAUCUGAUCUGAAUCGUGAACAGUGUCUGAGCAGUGUCUCCCUGGAAUUCUUUAAAUAGCCAGCUGUUUGAGCUUGUGGUUCCAGGUGGUCACCAUUUAUUGCCUGUUUAUUGCGAAUAUUCAGGUAUUUUUCCAUGGUUUCCAGCAGUAGUUAGAUUUAGGUAUAAGAGAUAGAACGGGCUUUAGCCCUCUAUUUUAAUUUUUUGAAGAUAUAUAUAUAUACAUAUAUAUAUACAUAAUUGUGAGAAAAAGGAAAAAAAAAAACUUGAGGGUAUAGACAGAACCGCCCUUUGAAAGCGGCGGCAACCUGUCCACCCCUCUGUCAACCUUUCUUCCUCCUCGUUCUUUCCUAUCCUUUACCUCCUCCCUUCAUUACACACAAUCAUAUAGACUGUUAAUGUCACCCUUUACAUUCUGUACUUCUUACUUGUUCCUGCAACUUGUUGCAAUGUCAAGUUUAGGGAAUAAAUACUUUAGUUGCACAUGUACUAGCAGAGCAGAGGCAGAGGUUCAGUUUUUCAAUUACACAAUUACUGUAUCUACUAUUGCUUUCAUCUGUCUAAGGAAGAUGGUAUUAGGUGUUUGGCACGGAUAUUAUAUCCAAAAGAGAAGACGUCGGAAAUGUCUGUUAACAUGUAUGAGACCUCUUGGUGUAUUUAUUAAUAAAACUUGUAAACACCACAUUCAAAUCCUUUCAUUGGUUCAUCAAGUCCCUUUAGGGAUGACUAUUGCUUGGGGAGAAGUUGGUGACACUAGAUUUAAUGAAGUUUUUGUAUUUCCAGAUCAUGACAGCUGUGAUGCACGGUCAAUAAAGCACAAAGUCAC